ACAUACUGAUCCAGGAGGAUUCAAAAGAUCCGACUGCAGAGCGAGAGGAGCAUUCAGGAUCUUCACAGAGACGAAGAACAACAGCAAGAUGAAGAGGCUCAGCUUACUGCUCUGUCUGGUUUCUGCCGCCAUAGCACAGGCUACGGUGCUGGACCCCCGAGGUCCUCGUCCGGUGGAACAUGCUACUAAAGCUGAUAAAUGUGCCAGCCAGAGAGAGUGGCCCUUCUGUACUGACGAUGACUGGAACUACAAAUGUCCAUCGGGUUGCAGGAUCCAGGGGCUCAUGGACAAAAACGACCAUCAGCUGCUGAGGAAGAUCGAGAAGAUCCGCAGCCUGCUGGAUCAGCACAGGGCCAGGCAUCGCUCUAUCGACACUGUGUCCAAGCAGACCUACGACAUACUGAGGGAGAAACUCACCCUCGACACUGGAAGUGACAACAUGUACUACAAUCUGGCCCAGAACCUGCGUCAGAGGAUCACUGAGAUGAAGGUCAGGAUCGACAGACAGCAGAAGACCCUGGCGGCGUUGAAGAGCCGGGUCAAGGACCAGGUGGCUGAAAUCCAGAAACUGGAGGUCGAUAUUGACAUUAAGCUGCGUGCCUGCAAAGGAUCCUGCUCCGGUUACACAGAGUACCAGGUGGACAGGGAUAGUUACGUGACCCUGGACAAACAGAUAAAUCAGCUGGACUCCAACGCGGCCCAGAACAUCGAGUCUGUGGGGACGCUGUACGUGAUGAAGAGCCGGCCCCUGCAGAAUGUGGUUGUGGACUCCAGAUUCAAAUCCAAGGAUGUGGCAGCUCAACAGAGGGAGGACAUGUUCGCUCAGGUGAAUACUGUUCAGUUUAUCUUGGAGGAGGAAGGCUCCAGCUCAUCUCCAGCCACCAUCUCCAAGGUCCCAGGUACUUCCCACUCAUCAUCUUCCUCUUCAUCCUCAUCCUCGGCGACUUCCUCUUCUGCAUCCUCGUCUAAAUCCAUCACUGAGCUCUCAGGACGCGGCGACGGCACUUUUCCCGGCGGGUUUGGAGGGAUGGAAAUGGUCAGCCAGCCCAGUACUAGCCACGUGACCACCAACACCGUCAGUUGUACAAAGACCAUCAGGAGAACGAUUAUUCACACAAAGGAUGGGCCAGUGGAAAGGGUGGAGGAAGUGGGCGGUGGACCUGAAUGUCAAGGGGUCGGUGGUUUCACAAAGGGUGAACUCAGCUCCUUGUUCCCUUCCUUCACCAGUACAUCGUCCUCUUCUUCAUCGUUUCAUUCUGGUGGAGCCAAGGGAAGCCUGUUGGCAGAUACUAAAUCUGGGAUGGAUCCAUUUGGAGAGGACUUCGGCGCAUUCAUGACCGACAACGCAGAGGACGACAUUCCUGAUAUUCAUGCUCGAAGUGUGAAGAGCACGGUUGUCGAAAGACAACAGGAGUUUGUAGGAAAAGAUUGCGUCGACGCCUACCAGAAGCACCUGAACGGGGAAACGAACGGUCUUUUUAAGAUCAAACCUGCUGCCUCCACGGCAGCCGUGGAAGUUUACUGCCACCAGGAGGGGAUAAUGGGUGGGUGGUUGUUAGUCCAGCAGAGAGAGAGUGGCUCCGUCAGCUUCAACCGCACCUGGGCUGAGUACCGCGACGGGUUCGGCUCGGUGGACGCUCAGGGCAGGGGGGAGUUCUGGCUGGGCAACCAGAACCUCCACCUGCUGACAAACCAGGCUGAAACCAUGCUGAAGGUUGAGCUGGAGGACUGGGAGGGGGGCAUAGGUACUGCCGAGUACACAGUGAGAGUAGGCACUGAGGAAGAGGGGUUCCCACUGCACGUCUCUGGGUACACCGGAGACGCCGGGGACGCUCUGGAGUCCCACAACGGUAUGAAAUUCAGCACCAUCGACAAAGACAACGAUGGGUGGGGGGAGAGCUGUGCGGAGGCGUACGGGAGCGGGUGGUGGUACAACAGCUGCCAGUCAGCUAACUUAAACGGGAAUUAUUACAAAGGCUCGUACGACCCCCAAACCAACACGCCUUAUAAAACUGCGAACGGGGUGGUGUGGGCGACGUUUAAACCUGCCUCUUACAGCCUGAAGACGGCACGGAUUUUCAUCCGACCGGCUGCCUUUUGAUCCAAACAGUAAAUUGUCUUGGAUUUAACAUCCGGAGGCUUGUCCUCUCACUGAAUAAAGAGAGAAGUGAGGACUUGCCUGAAGGUUGACCUCCUGUUGAGCUGGUUGGUGAAUCAUUCUGGGAUUUCAACACUUAUGUCAAACAAUGUGAUGUACUGUAUCGACCUGUUUGUUAGUUUUCACUGUCCAAUGUUCUCAAAGUGACCCAAUGUUCUCCGUGUUCUCUGUGACGAUCAAUGAAUAAAUAAACAUGCAGUGUUCACUUCA